AUGCGGGAGCCAACGACACACCUGGUUGCAACGACGCGGCUCAGGAUCCCGGCACCCAGCGUGCACACCUUCUUCGACUUCAGAGAUGGUGUGCGAGACAUACCCGAAAAUUGGACGUGGGAACACUUGACGAUGCAGUUCUUCGUCUUUGUGGAGGCGUGGCGGCGAUACGGACUCGAGCGCGGGUUCAGCUGGGACUUUGGCUCGGACGAGGCCGUAGCCGACCUACUUGGUGCCAUGCUGGUGAACUUUGUCGCCAUGAUGAGCAACGGGGCGUUGGAGAUUGAAGGUUACAAGAUUGAGCGCUACAACGAUGAGUGGGAAGAAUGGCUGGAUGAAUUCCAUCCUGGGGUGAUGAAUGGGAAUGAGCGGUUGCAUAAGUCGGACGAAGAGGAUGCGUACUGUCUUGAGGGCCUCGGUAAGGGUGCCGUGUCCUGGACCGUGGGAAGUACUGUCACAGAAGUGUUAUUCAGAUAA